GAAAGCAUGAUCAUUAUUGUCCAAUUAUAUCAGGAAACACAUGCUGCAGCCAAUCACACACAAGAUCGGUAAUAAAACCAUCCGAUCAUUGAGAGUCGAGGCUGUUCGGUGUUAUGGAAGGAACAGUGGAUUUAAGAACCGUUACUGUAAAUGGGGGGAGCCCUAACGGUAACAAAGGGUCACAUGCCGAGCACGUGCGAGAGAGAAAAGGGAACGCGAAGCUUCGUAGAGAGGGGUACCGCCUGAGAUCCGUUCACCGGCUUGUCGUUAACGGUCAAAAUGAAGCGAGCUUCCAACGGUCACCAGAAAGAGCUUCCCCGCCCCAUGGUCCUCAUCAGACGGUGAACACGAAGCAGCCGGACAUUACGGAACGAAGCUUUACUUUGCUUAUACUUUGCGGCAUUUUUUCCAUGGAGCUGACAGAGGAGGAAGACGAACUGAUAAAACCUCUCCUUCUCCCUUCACAUUUCCAACUUUUAGUUUCCUCUAUUUUGCUGUAGAUGAAGAAGAAAUUGGAGCGCCUAAGCUUCAAACUUGGAUAAAAAUCUGAUUUUUUUUUCCUUGCUUUCUUCGGUUCUUUUCCUUUGCGGCAUUUAUGUUCGAAGGUUGCAGAGACUGAAAAUGGUGGAAAAGCUUGAUCAACGGAACCUCUGUUCGAGUGACAGGAGAAUUCAGAAAAGCUUAGGUGCGUUUAGAGCUGAAGUAAUGCUACAUUUCGAGGCCAAGCAGCAGCAAAGGUGCAACAAUGGAACUGCGAAGGACUUGGACAAAAUUGAAGUGCCUAAUGUCAAGAAUAAGCCUUAUAAUGAUUCCUCCGAGAACCAGUCAUGGCGUGAGAUUAUUGGGCUGAGCAGCCAGAGAGAAAACAGCCAAACGGAGGACCAAAGCCUUGAGCUUGUGAACUUUCUGACACAUUGCGCUGAAGCAAUUAGUACAGGUGAUCAUGCUUCUAUAAACUACUUCCUAUCUAGACUCGGAGAAAUGGCGUCUCCAACUGGAACUACAGUUCACCGACUUGCAGCUUAUUUCACUGAAGGUUUAGCAAUAACUGCAGUAAAGCUCUGGCCUCAUAUUUUCUCCAUCAAUCCGCCACGCGAUAUAACGGAGCCAAUCGAUGAUGAUGAAGCCACUGCUCUCAGACUCCUCGACCAAGCCACCCCGAUUCCAAAAUUCAUCCAUUUCACUCUAAAUGAGAGAUUGAUGAGAGCUUUUGAAGGGAAGGAUAGAGUGCACAUCAUUGAUUUGGACAUCAAACAAGGACUUCAAUGGCCAAGUCUUUUUCAGAGCUUGGCUUCCAGGCCCAAUCCACCAAAACAUGUGAGGAUCACAGGGAUUGGAGAAUCAAAGCCUGAGAUACAAAGCACAGGAGCGAGGCUAGCCGGGCUUGCUGAUUCUUUGAAUCUUCCUUUUCAGUUUCAUGCCGUUGUGGACCAAUUGGAGGAUGUAAGGCUUUGGAUGCUUCAUGUAAAGGAGGGGGAAUGCUUGGCUGUAAAUUGUGUUCUUCAGCUGCACAAGAUGCUCUAUGAUGACACAGGGGGAUCUCUAAGGGAUCUAAUGUGUGUGGUUAGGAGCACAAAUCCUGCAAUAGUUUUGGUUGCAGAAGAAGAAGCUGAUCACAACCACCAUCAACUGGAGGUGAGGUUUGCAAACUCUUUGAAUUACUACGCUGCAGUCUUUGAUGCCUUGAAUGUUAGUCUACCGGAGGAUAGCUCGGAGAGAUUGAAGAUUGAGAAGAUGUUUGCCAGAAAGAUAAGGAGUAUUAUCGCUCGAGAAGGGACUGAAAGACAUGAGAGUUUCAGCAAAUGGAGUAGGAAGAUGAAGGAUUGUGGAUUUGAUAAUGUGGGUAUUGGAGAUAGGGAGAAGAUUCAAAGCCAAGUAAUAUUGAGGAUGUACUCAGAUUCUAACUUUUCUGUGGAGAGGAAGGAAGCAGAUGGAGAAGCUCUUUGUCUAAAAUGGCAAGAGCAGCAGCUUUAUACUGUAUCUGCCUGGGCUCCCAUGGACGUUGCUGGAAGCUCGGCUGUCCCUCAGCCAGAUUGAUUGGGGUUCCAAAACUAACAUGGUUUGAUUAAGUUUCAUCAUCUUCUCAAUAUUCUGCUUGGAUUCUUUUGCUCCUCUUAAUGCUGAGAUUUCUUACAGGAAGAAAGUUGAGAUUUCUUUC